CUGCAGAGCAAGAGAAAUAUCAGCAUUUUGACAGAUGCAUUAACAGAGAAGCCCAGUAGGGGUUUGCGGCCUUUGAAGAAAAAUUCUGAAGGGAAAUACCUCAGCGCGUCCCUGCGCCUCAGUAACAACAACAUCAGUGACCUAUACGGCCUCCAGAGGACUGUCAGCCACUUCCUUGCUGAGCCAUCAAAUCUGGCCUGGUUGGAUCUGUCCUUCAACAAAAUCACACAUAUAGACCAGGCUCUGUGUGAGCUACAUGAACUGCGUGUCUUAUAUCUUCACGGAAACAACAUUUCUGUCCUGUCUGAGGUGGACACGUUGGCAGUGCUACCACAUCUUCACUCCAUCACUCUACAUGGAAAUCCAGUGGAAACCAACAAAACCUACAGGAAUCGUGUGAUUGCUGCUUUGCCUCGGUUAAAAACUAUGGACUUCAGUGGGGUGACGCAACAGGAUCGAAUCAUGGCAAAAAUCUGGCAUGGAGGCAACAUCCGCAGUGGUGCCAGCAAAGAGACUGCUGGAUCCUCCUCAAAGUAG